AAGCCCCGCCCCCUGGUCAGCCUGUGGUUUGGGUUUGCGUGGGACUGUGACACGUAUGUUGGUCCGUCUUAUUGACUCCACUGGGCAGGACACCUCCACCUGGGGCUGGGACGUCAAACCGAAGACUUUUCUGUGCCGUAAUCCAAAACCCUAUCAUUAGUUUUGUUUCAACAUUACAGUACAUGGAGCCCAGAGACGCGAGUGCAGGCGCUUUAGUGGGCAACGAUGGAGAUCAAAAAACUGCAAAAAGCCUUCCAACCCCCAAGAAAACAGACAAAGCCGCACCCCAAAGUAAGAUGGAGCAGAUCUUCGGUUUCAAAAAGGAAGACCUGACCUCCUGGUCCAGCCUGGUGGCCCUCCUGAACCGGCCCAUGGACCCUGCAUCCCUGGGCAUAUUCCGCUGCUUGUUUGGUCUGCUCAUGGCUGUGGACAUCACACAAGAGCGCGGCCUUAGUCAUGUGGACUACAAAUACCUGGACGGUGCCCCCGUGUGCCGGUUCCCACUCUUUAACUUCCUAAAGCCACUUCCAAUGGACUGGAUGUACCUGGUUUAUCUGGUGAUGUUCCUCGGUGCGUUGGGUAUCAUGCUGGGCUGCUUGUACCGUCUUUCCUGCCUGAUGUUCAUCUCCACAUACUGGUACAUCUUCUUCCUGGACAAAACGGCAUGGAAUAAUCACUCCUACCUCUAUGGCCUCAUAGGAUUCCAGCUCACACUUAUGGACGGCAACAGAUACUGGUCACUUGAUGGCUUGAGACGACCUUCCAUCAGAAACGCUCACGUGCCGCUUUGGAACUACACCUUGUUGAGGACGCAGAUAUUCAUAGUGUACUUCAUCGCUGGCGUCAAGAAGCUGGAUGCCGAUUGGAUGGGGGGAUAUUCCAUGUCCUACCUGGCGCACCACUGGCUUUUCGAUCCCUUCAAGGUGAUUCUUCCUGUGGACUUGGUAAGCUUGCUGGUGGUGCACGGUGGUGGCCUCAUGCUGGAUUUGAGUGCUGGUUACCUGCUGUUUUUCGAUGCCACGCGGCCUUACGCGAUCGUCUUUGUAAGCUACUUCCACUGCAUGAACUCUCAGCUCUUCAGCAUUGGCAUGUUCCCUUAUGCAAUGCUGGCGACCAGUCCACUCUUUUGCCAUGCCGACUGGCCCAGGAGGUUCUUUGGUCACUUCCCUGGCUUUCUCAAGGGCGCUCUUCCGCUUACGUCGGAAGAACCUCAGCCUAGUUCUUCUUGUGCUUACCCUGAUCCACCCAGCAGCAGACGGCAGCGGUCAUCUUCCACCUCCAGCCCUCCUAAAUUCCGAUUUAAACACAAACUGGCUGCCGUUUUUACUUUGGUCUACAUCCUGGAGCAGUUCUUUCUGCCUUACUCUCACUUCAUCACUCAGGGUUACAACAACUGGACUAAUGGCUUGUAUGGAUACUCUUGGGACAUGAUGGUUCAUUCCCGCAGCCACCAGCACGUGAAGAUCACGUACAAGGAUGGAAAAACGGGAGAAGUGGGAUACCUCAACCCGGGGGUGUUCACGCAAAGCCGGCGCUGGAAGGAUCACGGUGACAUGCUAAAGCAGUAUGCCACAUGCCUCAGUGGCCUCUUGCCUCGCUACAACAUCUCUGAGCCCCAAAUCUACUUCGACAUCUGGGUGUCCAUUAAUGAACGCUUUCAGCAGAGGAUUUUCGACCCACGCGUGGACAUCGUCAAGGCAGACUGGUCGCCAUUCCGACCCAACAUGUGGUUAAUGCCCCUCCUGGUGGACCUCUCACCAUGGAGAACUAAGUUCCAAGAGAUUGAGAACACUUUGGACAACCAGACCGAAAUAGUCUUCAUUGCAGACUUCCCAGGUCUCCACUUAGAGAACUUUGUGAGUGAAGAUCUGGGCAAUACCAGCAUUCACUUGUUGCAGGGUAGACUCAAUGUGGAAGUAGUGGAAGAGAAGAAGAACUACACUCUGGAGGCUGGGGAGAAGAUACAGGUUCCUGCCGGCGCUUACCACAGGGUGUACACGGUGUCUGAGGGGCCAUCUUGCUACAUGUACGUUUACGUCAACACCACAGAGUCGGCGCUGCAGCAGAGUUUCAGCAAGCUGCUGGACCUCCAGGAGAGCAUUCGCAAUGGGACAGCAACAGAGCCUCUUCCACCCGAGCUGCAGCCUCUCAUGUUGAGCGACGACGACACCGUGAUUGAUAGCGACUCUAAUGAUAAUAACAUCACAGACCCAGUCUUGAAGCUCUUCCUUAAGAGGCAGCGUCGCAUCAAAGAGGUGAAGAAACGCAGGGAGGCCGGCGUGCUGGAGCGACUCGAGCGGUUCACCGUCAAGAAGUAUUACUCUAUACGACGAGGAUUCUUGAUGACUGCCAUUGCCAUGCGAAACCUGGCGGUGGGUUUGCCGCCGAUAGAGCAGCUGACGCAGGAAGUGGCGUUUGCUAACAUGAAAGAACCCGAGGGUGAAAGUAACCAGCACGACUCGUCGAAGGAUGAAGUUGGUCAUGGAGAACUCUGAAGAUGUUACUGCUGAAUCAAGGACCUGGACUGUGUUCUCAAUGGUACUACUGGACUGUUACUACUAAGGCAAAAACAAGCAGAUUCACAAUGGACAUUUUUGUUAAACUAUUUGCCGUUUCAGGUCAUGUUUAAACUAGGAAGUCAGUAUUUUCGCCUAAAAGAUUGUGCUGUUAAAAAGGGGACCAGAUGUGUUUGUAAGGGAAACGAUUGGACUGAGAUGUGUAUGAAUGGUCGUUGACCAACUUUGAAUAUUUUACUGUAAUUCAGGAUCAGUAAAAUAAUCCGCUUUUACAUUGUUGAUUACUGUAUUUCCUUCAAACAGUAGCCAGGCAUGGCUUUCUCAGUUUUACUACAGUGGUAUGAAAAAGUAUCUGAACCUUUUGGAAUUUGUCACAUUUGUGCAUAAAAUCACCAUCAAAUCUGAUCUUUGUCAAAAUCACACAGAUGAAAAAACAUUUUAUUUAACUAAAACCACUCAAAUAUUUAUAGGUUUUCAUAUUUGAAUGAGGACAGUAUGCAAACAAUGACUGUAGAGGGGAAAAAUAAGUAAAUCAUCACAUUUAAUACCCCCCCCCCCUUUGGCAGCAAUAACUUUUACUAGCGCUUCCUGUAGCUGCAGAUCAGUCUGGCACAUCGAUAAGGACUAAUUUUAGCCCAUUCUUCUCUACAAAACUGCUGUAGUUCUGUCAGAUUCCUGGGAUGUCUGGCAUGAAUCGCUGUCUUUAGGUCAUGCCACAGUAUCUCAAUGGGGUUCAAGUCUGGACUCUGACUUGGCCACUCCAGAACGUGUAUUUUGUUCUUAAACCAUUCAGAAGUUGAUUUUCCUCUGUGUUUUGGAUUAUUGUCUUGUUGCAGCAUCCAUCCUCUUUUUAGCUUCAACUGUCUGACAGACUGACUCAGGUUUUCUUGCAAAAAAUCCUGAUAAACCUUUGAAUUCACUAUUCCAUUCAUGAUUGCAAGUUGUCCAGGCCCUGAAGCAGCAAAACAGCCCCAAAUCAUGAUGCUCCCUCCACCGGGCUUCACGGUGGCAAUGAGGUGUUGAUGUUGGUGAGCUGUUCCAUUUUUUUCUCCGCACAUGACGUUGUGUGUUCCUCCCAAACGAUUCAAAUUUGGUUUCAUCAAUCCACAAAAUAUUUUGCCAAAACUUCUGUGGUGUGUCCAAGUGCCUUUUUGUGAACAUUAAACGAGCAACAAUGUUUUUUUAGACAGCAGUGGCUUUCUCCGUGGAGUCCUCCCAUGAACACCAUUCUUGGCCAUAGCUUUACACAUAGUUGAUGUGAGCAGAGAUAUUGGACUGUACCAGUGAUUUCUCUAAAUCUUUAGCAGACACUUGGGUUAUUUUUUUCCUCUGAGUAUUCUGCGUUGAACUUAUGGCAUCAUCUUUGGUGGACGGCCACUCCUUGGUAAAGAAGCAACAGUGCCAAACUCUCUCCAUUUGUAGACAACUUCUCUGACUGUCAAUUGAUGAACAUUCAGACUUUUAGAGGUGGUUUUGUGUCCUUUCCCAGCUUUAUACAAAUCAACACUCCUUGAUCACAGGUCUUCAGACCGAGCCAUGAAGCACAUCAGACAAUGCUUCUCAUCAAGACAAUUCUUACCAGGUGUGUGUUUUAUAGUGGGCAGUGCAGCUUUAAACCACUCAGUGAUUGGGCACACAUACCUGACAAAUUGUUUGGUAAAAAUUGGUUUGAAUUGCUCUUUAAGUCUCCUUAGGCAGAGGGUUCACUUACUUAUCCCCCCUCCUUCUGUCAUUGUUUGCAUGCUAUCCUCAUUGAAAUAUGAAAACCUAUAAAUGUUUGAGUGGUUUUAGUUAAAGCAGACACUGUUUUAACAUCUGUGUGCAUUUGACAAAGAUCAGAUCACAUUUGAUGGGGAUUUCAUGCAGAAAUGCGAGAAAUUCCAAAAGGUUCAGAUAUUUUUACAUACCACUGUAGUUCUUGUUAAGGCUUGCAAUAAUAGAAAAAGAAACUAACGAUGACUCGGUCAUAAUUGGAAACAAAAUUUAAAUCAUUAUUGCAAAACAACCUGUACAAUUAGCGAUGGUCACUGAAGAAAUCUGAGAAAUGUGUGAAGGGUUUGUUUAUGCAAUCCUAUACUGUGAGUGAAACCAUCCAUUUUCCAAAUUAAAAAAAGCUUUUUCUAUACACUUUCAUGAUUAAAACAAACCAAAAAAAAAAGCCUGUGUUGUCAGUAACAUUGUUUUAAUCAGUCAGUUUCAUUUAUCUUAUGGCACACUAGGACUUAGAACUCAUCACAACACAAAUAGUAUACGAACUGAUUCAAUGCUGAUUGAGUACAAGGUUUUACAAAAUUGCUAUUAACAUAGAUUUAACUUCACAUUUUUCCAGGACAUCUAUUUACACAGGACAACAUACAGGGAUAGCUUCAUUUUAGUAGGUCAAAUAAAAAUAAAGUAAAACUCAAAAUGGAUCGGAUGUCUAUCAGUGUCAAUGGCAGGAAAUGUGUUAGUGAUGAGCUUCACUUUUUGAAUAGAACUACAAUGUGAUUACAUAUUGCACAAAACGUGAUACCUUGCCUUCAUUUUUUGCAACGCAUUACUGGUACUAGUGUCACAUACUGGCCAUUAUUAAGUGUCACAAUAUUUUUUUUGGUAAAAAUCAUAAAUGCAUUAAUCUCAUCUGGUGAAUAACAAAAUCAAAAGCAACUAAGAUCAGUCUUCAGGGUUUCAAAUAAACCCAGUGUCCCUUAAAAGUCCUCUGUGACCCGGGCGCUGGUAUUUGAAAGGGAGUGGCACCUCCUCGCUCUGCAUAUUUUUACAAUUUUUUAUUUUUUUU